AAACUAAAGACACUUGUUAUACUAGUUUAAUAAAAAUAUAUACAGAGUUCAAUGAAAAAUUCAGCAACUAAUAACAGAUAACAAAGAUUUGUCACUAUUUGACUAAUACCUACCAUAAUAAAAUUAUAACACAUGCGAAUUAUUAGAAUACUCCAUUAAGUCAUUUCAACAAAGAAAAACAAAAGAGAAAAACAAAACAAAUAAGACAAACUCCAUAUGUACACCCAUUACACAUGUUACGUUAUUCUGUAUUACAUGUAUUAAAUAUGAAUGAUAAUAAAGUCAAACAUCAAUCAUUACCUACUAAUACUUUAAUGACAAUGUCACCAACUGAAAUGAAUUCAUCUUAUUUAAUUCUUAAAAAUAAUAAUGAAAUGAAUGAUACUACUGAUAAUCAUCAUGAACAACAACAAUCACAACUUAAUGAUAGUUCAAAUCAAAUAGAAUCAUCAACUGGGAUCAGUUUAAUUAAUGAACCCCCGAAACGUCCAAUUAAAGGUUAUCAAUUAUUGAAAAAAAAAUUUCAUUUUACACGUGAAACGUUAACCAAUGGUUUAAAAAGAAAUAGCAGUAGUCAAAAUACUAAAAUGAUAACAAAGACAAAUGAUCAAAUCACUACUACUACUACUACUACUACUACUACUACUACUAAUACUAAUACUAAUACUACGACUACUACUACUAGUAGUAGUACUGACAAGAACCGAAAUCCGAUGAACCCUUUUAAAUCUACCAAUUUAUUAAAUACAUCUAAUGAUAAUCUAUCACCAAGGGAACGAUCAUCUAGUUUUAGUGUUCAAUAUGAAAAUAAUCAAUCCCAUUUAUCAAUUCAAUCAACCAAUAUUAGACAUAAUAAUCAUUAUAAUAAUAAUAAAAGUAAACAUUAUGAAAAAUCUUUAUUAUCUAAAUCUCAAUUAAGUUUACAAUCAAGUUUAUUAAAACAAAGUCAAUUAUCAUUAUUAGAUAUACAAAGAGAUUAUCCAAAAACUUUAAUGACAUUAGGUGUUGUUGUUGGUGGUGGUAGUAUGUUAGGUAUAUCAGAUACUGCUAGUAUAAUUACAGAAGGUGGUAUUAAUGAUCAAUAUAUUGAUUUAAUCAAAGCCUAUCAUAAUAUUUUAGUUGCUAUCGGUGAAAAUCCUAAUCGUCAAGGUUUAUUAAAAACACCCCAAAGAGCUGCUAAGUCAAUAUUAUAUUUUACAAAAGGUUAUGAAGAAUGUGUUAAUGAUAUAUUAAAUGAUGCUAUAUUUGAUGAAAAUCAUGAUGAAUUAAUUAUAGUUAAAGAUAUUGAAAUGUUUUCAAUGUGUGAACAUCAUUUAAUACCAUUUAUUGGUCAUGUAUCUAUUGGUUAUAUACCAAAUAAAAAAAUUUUAGGUUUAAGUAAAUUGGCAAGAAUCGUUGAAAUUUAUUCACGUCGAUUACAAGUACAAGAAAGACUUACAAAAGAAAUUGCUAUUGCAUUAAAAGAAUCAAUUAAUCCUAAAGGUGUUGGUGUUAUUAUAGAAGCAACACAUAUGUGUAUGAUUAUGCGUGGUGUACAAAAAAUUAAUUCAACUACUAUAACAACAACUAUGUUAGGUGAUUUAAAAGAGAAUGGGAAAUUACGUGAUGAAUUUUUACAACUUGCUGGAAGAAAAUAAAUUGAUCUGUUUUGUUAUAUAAUAUGAUGAGGAGGAGGAGGAUGAGGAUUGAAUGAGUUUUCUUAAUAAUGCCCAUUAUUUAAUUAAAUAAAAAAAUCCUAAAAAUCAAAAUAUGAUCCUCUUUUUUUUGGUUGAUUCGUUUAAAGAUCUUUAUCAUAUUUGAAAGACUAGUUUAGCCUGUCGUAUACCUUGAUGGUGUUCUAGUGACUUACGGGUUGUUUGAUCUGUCAAGGGUGAUGGGACAGUACAUGAUAGUAUUGUUGUGUACUAGGUUCAAAGAGAGAAUUGUUUGCUAUAUGCAUACAAGUCCUCUCUGUUAUUGUUCUUAUUUUUUUCUGAUUUUUGUGAAUAUUUGGUUGACAGUAGUAACAAGUUCUCUUCAGUUUAACCAUAAGAUAUGAUUACGAGUUAUAAUGUAUGUAUUGAUGUAGUGAAUGGGAACACGAGUGGGGAUAAUCGAAUGUAUGUAGGCACAAAAUUACAGACUAUUUCACUAAA